AAACAAUAUUUCAACAACCAAAAUUUCUUAUUUGACAGAUCAACUAUUAUUUAAACGAAGAAAAGCACUGGGCAUUGGAAGUGGAAGAGUUACGAAGAGCCAUCAAUUUAUCUAAGCCAUAUUGUGAACCUAAAGUUUUAGUGAUCAUUAAUCCGGGUAAUCCAGGGGGUUUUGUUUUAUCGCAAAAUGACAUGCAGAAUAUCAUCAAAUUUGCUUACGAAGAAAACCUUCUCAUAUUGGCAGACGAAGUAUAUCAGUACAAUGUUUAUGAUCCAGACUCCAAGUUCUACGCUUUCAAGAAAGUCAUGAAAGAAAUGGGACUUCCAUACAGUAAUAUGCAACUUGCAUCUCUCAUGUCUGCAUCCAAAGGAUACAUGGCAGAAUGUGGGUCAAGAGGUGGAUACUGCGAAAUUGUGAAUCUUGAUAAUGACGUAAAAGAAAUAUUGGAGAAAUUACAUUGCGUAAGGUUAAGCCCGAGCAUGCAUGGCCAGAUAGUUAUGUAUUCCAUUACGAAUCCACCGCAGCCGGAUGAGCCUUCCUAUGAGCUUUUUGAACAGGUGAGUUC